ACAUUUAUCGUAUAAUUAGAUUAGAAUCUCCGAACAAGGUCCGGACAAAAAGAAGGAAGAAGAUGAAAUUAUUGAGACAAGUAUCAAGAACGAGAGAAACAUGCAUGCUUUAAUUAUUAUUAUUCUUUACUUCAUCUACCAAAAGGGAAGAGAAGAAUAGAGUGUUAUAUAUAGUUAGCUGAUAAUCAAAUCAAUUUUAGACACACACACACACAGGGAGAGAGAGAGAGAGAAAUGGCAGAGACUGCACUACAGUUCCUUCUUGACAACUUGCAGAAGCUGUUGGCGGAGCAAAUCCGUCUGAUUGCCGGAGCGGAAGAUGAGUUGGAAGAGAUGAAUAAGGAGCUUGAACUAAUGCAAUCCUUCCUCAGGGAUUCAGCCCGCAGACGCUUAAAGGGAGAACUCUUCAAAGCAUUGGAGAAACAGAUACGGGAAGCUGUUUAUGAAGCGGAAGACACCAUCGAUGCUUGCGUGAGCCAUGCUGCUGCAGCAGCAAGAACAGCGCACAGAUACUGCAUGCCGCCCCUAUUAUUGUUCACCUUCACCCCAAAGCGCCUUAGCCUCGCAAAACAGGUCCGAUCCAUCAGGAUACAUAAGAUCAAACCUGUCUUCGAUGAAGCUAAAAUCAAAUUUGCAACUCUCCCAAUAGUAGAUGAAGCUCCUCCAGAGAAAGAUGCAGUGGACAAAUUUCGAAGGGUUUCAUUAUCACAGGAAAAGAGAAUAGUAGGUCUUGAUGAUGAGGCAGACAAAAUAAUAAAGCAUCUGAAUGAACAACACUCGGAGGAAUUUGAAGUUAUCUCCAUCAUUGGUAUGCCUGGCCUUGGAAAGACAACUACGGCUUUCAAGAUUUAUCGUGAUUCAAGAAUUCGAAAUAAAUUCCCCACUGUAAUUUGGGUUUACGUUUCUCAAGACUUCAAAAACAAGGAUAUCUUUCUCACUAUUCUCAAACAGUUCACUCAGGAAUACAUGUCUGGAAUGAGUGAAGAGGAAUUGUGUCAACAAGUUAAGCAGCAUCUGUCGUCUGCAGGGAAGUUCUUGAUAAUCAUGGAUGAUGUGUGGACUGUUGAUGCUUGGAAUCAAAUCGAAGCAGCCCUGCCUAAAAGUAAUAAAUUGGGUAAAGUCCUGAUCACCAGUUGUUUUGAGAAUGUGGUGCGGCGUGCAAAUCGUAAAAGAGAGCCCCACAGGUUACGGUUUCUAAGUCGGGAGGAAAGUUGGGAGCUCCUCCAGGUAGAAGUAUUUGGUGACAUGGAUAGAUGCCCAUCGGAACUGGAACCGACUGGAAGACUUAUAGCCGAGCGAUGCUGCGGCUUGCCACUUCAGAUUGUUGUCAUAGGAGGAAUUCUGUUAAAUAAAUUGUCAUCCAUUAGCAAUACCAAAAAUGAGUGGGAAAAUGUAUCUGAUAGGCUGGGAACAUAUGUUAAUGAUGAGGAGCAGAAGCGGGUUGAGAGGAUUAUAUUAUUAAGUUACGAUGAACUGCCAUAUGACUUGAGAGAUUGCUUUCUGUAUCUGGGGAUGUAUCCUGAAGACUUUGAGAUAACGGCUUGGAGAUUGAUCCGCAUGUGGAUAGCUGAAGGAUUCAUAACAAGAAAGCCUGGUGGAAAAAGCUUGGAGGAAAUUGGAAAUGAAAAGCUGGAGGAUCUUAUAAGAAGGAACUUGGUGAUGGUCAAUAAAGGAAAGCUGGGAGGUGGAGUGAAAACAUGCCGUCUUCACGACGUGAUACGCGAAUUCUGCAAAAAUCAUGCUGCAUUCCAGAAUCAGAACUUGUUUGAAGAGAUAAGAAUGUUUAGGGAUGGUGAGUUUGAACCUCAGGUUUCAGAAAUACAGAACUUGCGUCGCCUUUGCAUCCAACCACCUAAUGAGUGCUUCUUCCGACAAAGACCAAAAGGCAGGAAACUCCGUACUUUUUGUUUUUUCAACAGGGAAAACCUCUUCUGCAAGGUGAACGAAGACGGCUUUCGAGGUUUCAUCAAGACCUCUAAUAUGCUCAGGGUUAUUGAUGCCGAGCUUAUUACAAUAGAAAAAAGUCCCACUGAAAUUUACCAAUUAGUUCACUUGAGGUAUAUAGCUCUGGCAGCCCCCUCUGGUUUCAAAAGGAUAUCUCAAAGCUCUGGAAUUUACAGACUAUUAUAUUGUGCGGACUUUCUGUGACAUUCCAAGCAGAUAUAUCGGAAAUAAUG